UCGAGACUUUGGAGCUGGGGAGGGGGAGAGAGGAAAACAACCCAGCAGGCCUGGUCCUCCCUUCUCAGCCAUCCAGGCAGGGGGUGGCCUGGGCACCAGGCACGCCUCCCUCUUCCUCUUCUUCUCCUCUUUCACCACCUCUGUGGCAGCCGCGGCUGUUUCCAGCCGGGGCUGGAGCAAGCAGCGUCUCGUGAGGACAAAAGGAGGGUCCAGCAGAGGAAAACAAACACGCGCUUCUCUGGGAGGGAUUGAACAUGGGACGAGAAGGGAGCCAGGCCACGUGAGAGGCGCCUGGGGGAACCCUGGAAGGGGCAAUGGCGAACGUCACAUCCCUGCUGUCCUCCUUGAACGCCAGCACCAAUUCCUCGGAGGGCGGGUGCAGCGAGGAGGACCACCCCUACAAGUGCAAGUUUGACGAGGACUUCAAAUACAUCCUCCUGCCCGUCUCCUACAGCAUCGUCUUCGUGGUGGGCCUCACCCUCAACCUGCUGGCCCUCUACGUCUUCAUCUUCCGGAUCAAGACCUGGAACGCCUCCACCACCUACAUGUUCAACCUCGCCGUGUCCGACUUGCUCUACGUGAUUUCCCUGCCGCUCCUGGUGUACUAUUACGCCAUGGAGGACAACUGGCCGUUCAGCGUGGGCUUGUGCAAGAUUGUCCGGUUCCUCUUCUACACCAACCUCUACUGCAGCAUCCUCUUCCUCCUCUGCAUCAGCGCCCACCGCUUCAUGGGCGUCUGCCUCCCUCUGAGGUCCCUGGAGUGGGGCCAGGUCCGCUACGCCCGCUGGGUCUCCGCCGGGGUCUGGCUGGUGGUGAUCGCCUGCCAGUCCCCAGUGCUCUUCUUCGUCACCACCAGCCAGAGGUGCAACAGCAUCACCUGCCACGACACGUCCGCGAAGGAACUUUUUGGCCAGUUCAUCAUCUACAGUUCUGUGAUGCUCGUCCUCCUCUUCUGCAUCCCCUUCUUGUUCAUCAUCGUCUGCUACUGCAUGAUGGCCCACAAGCUGCUCCAGCCCACGCGGGGCACCACCCGCAUGUCGAGCUCCAAGAAGAAGUCCGUCAAGAUGAUCAUCAUCGUCUUGGUGGUCUUCAUCGUCUGCUUCCUGCCCUUUCACGUCACCCGCACUUUGUAUUACUCCUUCCGCAGCUGGGAUCUCAGCUGCCCCACCCUCAACGCCAUCAACCUGGCCUACAAACUCACCCGCCCGCUGGCCAGCACGAACAGUUGCCUGGACCCCAUCUUGUACUUUUUGGCUGGGCAAAAGUUUGUCAGAUUUGCCUGCUCCCAGACCACGGCGAAAAGUGGUACCCAGUCUGCUUCAAGCACUGUACCCCAUUGCAACUUGCGGGCCAGAGACCAUCUAGCCAUGAAAGUGAAAAACAGGGUGUCGUAACCAGUUUCAUUGCUAACUUUUCUGCAAAUAUUUUCUAUGGGGAAGACGCUCAUACCAGAGGAAGGAGGGCUUCUGAAACUCUGGAAGGUGUCUUCAGUCAAAGUUGGUACAAAUGGUACAAACAGACAUGUCAAAAGUUCACUGUUUAAAUGACUUUUGUGAGAGGGAUGGAGGGAGAGCAAAGCACUGAUGAGCACAUUAUCUAAAUCUGCAAGUUGUGUCUUGCGCCACAGAAGGUCAGUUGUCUAUAAAACUGGAGGAGAAAUGUUAUUUCUUAAAAACAAGAAUCGUAAUCAGGCAUUGGCUGGGUUCACACAACACAGAGACAGGGUUCAAAUGUGACACAGAACGGGAGACCAGGGUCGGCAGGAAACAGCUGUCACCGAGGUCUUACUGCUUGUGCGUUCCUAAAUAAUAUUCAUGGUUUUUUCAUUUGCAAUGUUGGACAAUUUCCCCCGGUUAGUUUCCCUCUGAGACACUUUGAAAGGAUUCUCCUCCUGAAAGAUGGAAUAGAAUAGAAAUAACAGUUGUAACAAUAUCAUAAUAUAUGGUAGUAAUAUAGUACGUUGUGGUUCAUGAUGUGGGAAUUCAGUCAUUGAAAGCUUCUGCCUUUUAAUCAAAUGUGCUAGUCUGAAAAAACGCCACUGGACUCUGAUUUUUGGCUACCAUAGACUAACACGG